AUGCUGUUAUGUUGCAGAGUGAGGAGAUCUCCGAAGGCUUGUGCGGUUGAUGUGGACGAGGAAGGGCCCUAUCUGCCAGCUGUUUCAUUUAUCAUGCGUCGUCUACCCUCGCAACUUUUCGACGAGUCUUUUCGGAGCACAAUCCUUCACGAUGAGCAGUCCGCGUAUCUCAUGAAGAAUCUUCCAUCGCGUUAUCAAUUCACUACUCCACAACUCCUUUAUCGUCUCACCGAUGAUGGAAUCUCGUUCAGCCGCUUUUGGGCAAGAGUUGAAGACGCCGAACAAUCAAUUAUGGUUAUUCGAACAAUUGAUGGUGAGAUUUUUGGUGCAUAUUGCAGCUCCUCGUGGAUUGAGCGAAAGGACUCCAAUGAACGCAAAAAGAGGAAGUACUUUGGAACUGGUGAGUCUUAUGUGUUCCGACUAGAAAACACCAAUUCGAGUGGCUUACCGCUUAUCUACAAUUGGGCUGGUCAUGCCAUCAAGAAUGCACCAGAAUUCUUUAUGACUGCCACCGAUAAAUCGUUGAUAGUUGGAUCUGGUAACGGGGAUGCAAUUCGGAUUGUCGACGAGCUUACGAUGGGAAGCUCGGCUCAUUGUGCCACUUUCAACUCGCCUCCACUUGUUGAUGGCGGGCAAUUUGAGAUUGAAGAAGAGCCCACCGAGGCUACUAACAAGCCAAUAGAGGGAAGAAAAGGGAGCCAGCUGGUGGAUCGAACACUCACGCAUGCAUACAUUCACGAGUUGACUCUGAAUUGUUCUGGCUGGCUAUUGAUACUUUUAUUCUUGGCGACUUGUGGCGGGAUUUCUGAAAGA